AUGGCGGAACCCAAUACGAUAACCGCCGGGGAUGGCAGCCUCACCCCGAGCAGAUUCACGUCGCAAAUGGCCACCACCACCGUCAGCGUGGAGGGGAUGACAUGCGGCGCAUGUACCUCUGCGGUCGAGGGAGCUUUCAAAGGCGUCGAGGGCGCCGGCGAGGUUUCCGUGAGUUUAAUGAUGGGCAGGGCCGUUAUCCACCACGAUCCCACUCUCCUCCUUCCAGAAAAAGUCGCCGAGAUGAUCGAAGAUCGCGGUUUCGAUGCGGCGGUAAUUUCUACGGACAGCUCCUCGAUCCCGACGCGGGGCGCCGGCGCCUCGAAGGAGACGAAUUUCGCGAUCACAACGUUAGCAAUCGAAGGCAUGACAUGCGGAGCCUGCACUUCUGCGGUAGAAGGCGGUUUGGCGGAGAAUCCUGGAGUACGAUCUGUCAACAUAUCGCUGCUCUCAGAGCGGGCGGUGAUAGAGCAUGAUUUAUCUGCGAUAUCAGCCGAACAGCUUGCGGAUAUAGUUGAAGAUCGCGGCUUUGGGGCGAAGGUGCUGGAAACCUCAACGCUCCAAGCUAGUUCUCGUGGCUCUCAGGAAUCUACGGAUCCAUCAUCGCAGCAAACUGUCACUACCGUUUUAAUUGACGGGAUGACAUGCGGUGCAUGUACGUCGAGUGUCCAAGCGGCUUUCGACGGCGUGGAGGGCCUGGUCCAAUUCAAUAUCAGCCUGCUUGCCGAACGAGCGAUGGUCACUCAUGAUCCUCGUGUUCUUUCUUCCCAGAAAAUUGUUGGUCUGAUCGAGGACUCUGGCUUUGAUGCCAAGGUUGUCUCUGAGGUCCAAGCUUAUGCUCAAAAAGGUGGCAUAAGCCGAGUUACGCUUGACCUUCAUGGCUUACGGGAUGCUACCUCUGCCGCCGCACUCGAGCACUUGCUCAUGCAAAAGCCAGGGCUUGUUUCUGCUUCGGUUACUCUCGCUGCCUCUCAAUUAACAGUCUCAUACGACACAUCUAUACUUGGAAUUCGUGGUAUUGUUGUUGCAAUUGAAGCUGCUGGGUACAAUGCCUUAUUAACAGACUCCGACGAUAGCAACGCACAAUUGGAGUCUUUAGCGAAGACAAAAGAAGUCCUAGAGUGGAAACGUGCCUUUUUGAUCUCACUUUCCUUCGCCAUCCCUGUGUUUCUGGUCAACAUGAUACUUCCUAUGUAUCUGCCAAUGCUUGACUUCGGCGGAGUUAGAAUCAUCCCAGGUCUCUAUCUUGGGGAAGCCAUUUGCCUGCUACUCACAAUACCUGUGCAGUUCGGUAUUGGAAAGCGGUUCUAUGUCACAAGUUUCAAGUCUUUACGACAUCGCGCCCCAACAAUGGAUGUCCUCAUUAUGCUUGGAACUUCGGCGGCGUUCUUCUACAGUGUUUUUACCAUGGUUGUUGCCAUCUUCAUGAAGCCUCACCACAGGCCGAGCACCGUCUUUGACACGAGUACUAUGCUUAUCACUUUUAUAACGCUUGGUCGCUGGCUAGAGAACAGGGCAAAAGGCCAGACGUCUGCUGCUCUUUCUCGACUCAUGUCUCUCGCACCAUCAAUGACGACCAUCUACGAUGACCCGGUAGCGGCCGAAAAACUGGCGGAGGGAUGGGGAGGCAUGGACACCGACGAAGAAAAGCCGAGCUCUUCGAACGAAAGACCUACAGUCUCCCAGAGGGUUAUUCCCACCGAACUUAUUGAAGUAGGGGACAUCAUUAUACUUCAUCCAGGAGAUAAAGUCUCCGCUGAUGGAAUUAUCAUUCGAGGUGAGACCUACCUUGACGAGAGUAUGAUCACUGGUGAGGCAUUGCCUAUUCAUAAAACGAAAGGAAGCCUCGUCAUCGCAGGAACUGUGAAUGGCACCAGUGCGGUUGAUUUUAAGGUGAUUCGCACUGGCAAGGAUACCCAGCUCAGCAAGAUUGUCAAGCUAGUACAGGAUGCACAAACAAGUCGGGCUUCAAUCCAGCGAAUGGCAGAUGUCGUCGCCGGUUAUUUCGUACCAGCGAUUAUUAGUCUCGGUUUGGUUACAUUCUUUGGCUGGAUGUUCGUGAGCCACCUGUUGCCCAAUCCUCCAAAGAUUUUUGUUGCAAAAGAAGGUGGGGGCAAACUCAUGGUCUGUCUGAAGCUGUGCAUUUCGGUCAUCGUUUUUGCCUGUCCUUGUGCACUGGGCCUCAGUACCCCCACAGCGGUUAUGGUAGGGACCGGAGUUGGUGCGACACAGGGCAUCCUCGUCAAAGGCGGUGCUGUGCUUGAGGGCGCUACUAAAAUCACCCAUGUCGUGUUUGACAAGACUGGUACUUUGACAACAGGGAAAAUGAAUGUUGCGGAAGCGAAAAUCGAGCCUAACUGGACAUCAAAUGAUUGGCGCCGUCGGCUUUGGUGGUUGAUUGUUGGGCUUGCCGAAAUGAACAGCGAACAUCCCAUCGGCAAAACCAUUUACUUGGCUGCAAGGAACGAGUCAGGACACUCCGGAGACACUGGACUACCUGGAAGCCUAGGCGAUUUCGACGCCCUCGUUGGUAAAGGCAUUUCCGCUCUCGUCGAGCCGGCUUCCAGUAUCGAACGCGUCCGGUACCGUGUGCUUAUUGGAAACGCCGAGUUUCUGAGAACAAAUGACAUUCCCAUUUCGGAAUCCGCUGAGCAAAUGUCGGGCUCUAAAAGUUCCCAGGUCGGGAUUACCCAAAUCCACGUGGCGAUUGACGGGCAAUUUGCAGGAACGCUCUUACUCCAGGAUACUGUGAAGGUAACCGCCGUGGCUGCAGUAGCCGCCCUACAUCGGAUGGGACUGUCGACCUCACUGAUUACGGGUGAUUCCCAUGCAGCAGCUAUCUCAAUUGCCUCGGCUGUUGGCAUUUCGCCCGAGGCUGUCCACGCCUCAGUCUCUCCAUCCGAUAAGCAAUCUAUUAUCGCCUCUCUUGAAGAGACUGGUGACUGUGUCGCCAUGGUUGGAGACGGAAUUAAUGACUCUCCGGCUCUCGCCACCGCGUCUGUCGGUAUCGCCCUCGCAUCAGGCACUGAUGUUGCCAUGGAGGCGGCAGAUAUUGUCUUAAUGCGGCCCGACGAUCUUCUCUCGGUACCUGCAAGUCUUUCUCUUUCUCGCACCGUCUUCAGGCGUAUUAAACUCAAUCUCGUCUGGGCCUGCGCAUAUAAUGUCAUCGGCCUCCCAUUCGCAAUGGGCCUCUUCCUCCCCUUCGGUGGAUUCAUGCUCCCACCAAUGGCAGCGGGUGCAGCAAUGGCUCUUUCCAGUGUCUCUGUCGUCGUAAGCAGUCUUCUUCUCAAGUUCUGGAAAAGACCCUCGUGGAUGGAUGCAGAGCUUCUGGAGAAGGAUAUCAAUAUUGCAUCAGGCGGCAGCUCCCAAAAGAACUGGUUAGAGGCCACUCUUUUCUCUGUCACCGCGCCUAACACGACCCGUCGCGCUGCACAAUGGAUUCAGGGCGCAGCCGCUAGAACGUGGUCGUUUAUAACUGGACGUCCUACCCAAACAUCAGGUGUUGAGCCGACCUACGUACCUCUUCAAACAGUGGAGCCUGCAGUUUAA